AUGUAUGCAAUGAAGGAAUACAAUGCCACCAUUGAUUUCUAUUGGUCUCCAUUGCUAGUGGAAUCUAACUGUGAUGAUCUGGUGGUGGCUGGGGAACAUGACACUUCUGAAUACAAUGCCACCAUUGAUUUCUACUGGUCUCCAUUGCUAGUGGAAUCUAACUGUGAUGAUCCAGUAAACCAUCGUGUGCGAGACCGAAUUGUUAGAAUCCAGGCAAUCGAGAAGCAUGCCAGGCACUGGACUGAUGCAGAUAUACUCGUCUUUGAUUCCUUCGUCUGGUGGCUCGAGAGCAAAAUGACACUUCUCUCUGAUGGAAUUUACAAACACGUAGGGAUGCUGCGUCGCUAUGAGAUGGCUCUAAAGACGUGGUCGGAUUGGUUGGAUAUCCAUGUCAACCGUACAAAGACACAAUUGUUCUUCAUGAGCCUCUCACCUUCCCACAAACUGGGUGAAGAUUGGGGCAUGGCCACUGAUCAAAAUUGUUACAAUGAAACCGAGCCAAUUUCAGAGGAAGGGUAUUGGGGAAGUAUGACAGACGUUAGGAUGAUGCAAAUAGCAGAGGCAGCGAUACAAGAACUAAGAACAAGAGGUUUAAAAGUGCAAAUCCUCAAUAUUACACAGCUUUCAGACUACAGGAAAGAAGCUCAUCCUUCUAUUUAUAGGAGACAGUGGGUGCCUCUAACUGAAGAGCAAUUAUCAGACCCUCGGAGAUAUGCAGAUUGUGUACAUUGGGGUAAAGAUUGGGGCAUGGCCGCUGAUCAAAAUUGCUACAACGAAACCAAGCCAAUUUCAGAGGAAGGGUAUUGGGGAAGUAUGACAGACAUCAGGAUGAUGCAAAUAGCAGAGGCAGCAGUACAAGAACUAAGAACAAGAGGUUUAAUAGUACAAAUCCUCAAUAUUACACAGCUCUCAGGCUACAGGAAAGAAGCUCAUCCUUCUAUUUAUAAGAAGCAGAGAGUGCCUCUAACUGAAAAGCAAUUAUCAGACCCUCGGAGCUAUCCAGAUUGUGUACAUUGGUGCCUUCCAGGAGUGCCUGAUGUUUGGAUUGAGCUCCUCUACGCUUAUCUUUUUAAUUAG